AAGGGAACUACAACGCUGGCAGCCUCGUCCAGGUACGCUGAAGUUCAGACUGAAACCUUCCUGCAUACAAUAAAAAUGGCAGCAAAAGUAUUCCACAUGCUUGUUUCUUUUGGGGUAAAUAAUAUCAAGAAAAAAUCAACAACGCUGGCACCUCCUCGGCCUGGCGAGUGACGACACACCUGAGCACUUUCCACUUGUUGCUCCACGGCCACAACGGACACGUUUGUUCCUAUAAAAACGUGCCACGCCACGCAUCCUCCCUUAUUCACACCCAUCAAUCGGUGCAGCAAGACAUUCUGGUCAGGUGUGCUCGCUAAACACUGAAUCAAAUGAUGCGGAACUACAAAGAAUGUUUAGUCGGCAACCGCGAGUUUCCCUCCCGUAGUCCCGCCCUGCGGCCCGCGGUGAGGUGAACUCACGUCCGCGGCGGCCAGUGUGUCGUUGUGGGAUGUAGAGAGGGAGUGCGAGAAGUGUGGCAAGCCUGAAGUAACGCUACAAAGACGGCAGCUGCCACAACACUGCGUGCUUUGUGCUCAGCGUGGCGUUGGGUUACCGGGAAGGCAAAGCAGUGAGGCAUUGGAUGGGGUCUGGCAGGCUGAGUGGCGGCGGCGGCAGGAUGGCAAGAGUCACUCGUGAGUCCAGCUCUAGAACACGCGGCUGAAGGAGACCCAGGAAUGUGUGCUGCAUGAACGGUGCUGGUGACGCAGACCGCGGACGUGAAUGAGAGGCGGUGGACAAGCCAUCACAAAAGCACUAGUUAAGGAUUAAUAACUUCCUCGCCCGGUGCUGACACACGAGAACAAACUAGGCUGACCGUCCUGCAUAGUGACAUGCCACAGGUAAUGUCACACCGAUUGGCUGCUCCGUGAUAUGUAGACGAGAGCCAUGGGAGCGUGAGUGUGUCGGCGGCCUUACCAUAGCCCUGCUAGCAGCCUCCAGGAGUCCCCACCACGCCAAGCUCCACCAGGAUGGGUUGGCUCGCCGCCUCCCUGGUGACCCUGACCCUCGUGCUCUCCGCCGCCAGUGAAGAUGGAGGAGUGUGUCACCUGCACAAUUAUGUAUCAUCAUGUGUUCUCAACAUCCUGGAGGAACACAUUGAAGCCACGGCCAUCAUCAACCACUGCCACGUGCCCCUCGACAUCACCUUCCUCAUUGUUUAUCAGUACCGUAACAGCACCCGCCACAGCUGGAAGUACACCUUCGUCACCUCCAACCAGAAUGAGCGCGUGCUGAUCCCUGGCCUCCUGCUACCCAUCGCCCCCCACGCCCCGGUGUUUCUGUACGCCCGGGUGCCUGAGAGAGAGUUCAACAUGCACAACUCCUCCUUUGUUGCCAUAGAGGCUUCCUUCAUUGCUGAGCUGAGCCGUGAGAAGUGGGAAGAAGCAGACUUUCUCAAUCACACAGUUUUCAUCUCACCCUCCAAUGACUGUCACUUCUCCAGGGGUGACCAAGAUCCCAUACCCUGGAUUAUAGGUGGGUUGUUUGCUGUUGCUCUCCUCUCUGGCCUGCUGGGAGGCGGGUGCUAUAUGUACCGCAAGAGAAAGAUGGCAGCAGACCAGCUGGCCUUGGUGUCUGCCAUGGAGGUGGGGAUGCCAGGCUCCCAGCCAUACCAGAUGGACACAAUGACAGGCCAGACCACAGCUAGGGAGCCAUCAGGUCAAGAACAAGAGGCAGUUGAUAGAAGCACACCCGACGGCAAGGCAGAGAGCUCAGCUGAGAGAGAGGAACCACAGAGUCGAGGAACUAAUAAUGAAGUAUCCAGUGGAAAAAAAGGAUUUAAAUUUGAAAGGCUGAAGGAAGAUGUGAGUUUCCAAAGUAAUGCUGCAGAUUUAGAGGACCCCUCAGUCAUCAUUGCCAAUCCAGCUUAUCAGGAAGAAAUUCACAAAAGAAAGAAGAAAGGUGGAGUAAAGAAACAGGAGCAAGUAGACAAGUUGGAUUUGUCAUCACAUGAUCAAACGUUUACCCAAGGCGGAGGCAUCAUCAACAGGAUGUAUCAGGAAGGAGCAGACACUCCACAGCACAAGAACGAAGAGGAGAAUAACCAGGAGGUGUUGGACGACGUGAAAACUGCCGAAGACAGCAAGUUGGAAAAUGAUGAAAGCCUGGAAGAGAGCAGCCAAGUGGGGCAGGGAGCAAGGAGGAAGGUGCGAGGAGCUGUUUCAUCCUCCACCAUUGUGUCGGCCAAGGCAGGGGAUGCAGGAGACUCCCAAAAGUGUUUAUGAUAGACGCCCGAGGCACACAGGCUCAAUGAUGGAUGACACUUCAGCCAACACUUGAUUAAUUGUAUCGAGGUGUUUGUUGUGUUGGUGCUCUCUGAUUUGUAAAUGAAUACACACUGAUUGAGGAAAACACAUUUGAUGGAUAAACUGUUACACUCUACUCAUGUAUGUCUUUGAGGCAUGAAAACACUUGCAAAUCACCUCUAAAAUCUGCCAAUCGUUUUGUACAAUGAGGAAGAUGAGUGAAGGUAAAUGCAAGCCUUAACUCAUGAAUAAUAGUUUGUGCUACAAGAGAAGGAUCCCUUUGGUACUCACUGUUGUGUCCCAGUGAUGAAUGGACGGCUAUUGACAUGACUCAGGAUUUCCUGCACCGUGCAGUUGUUACUGAGCGGUGCAUCACACAGUACAGCCAUAGUGCAUAAUGAAGUAGUGGCAUUGUACAUUAGGCAUUGCCAUUGAUGAUCUGGCCUGUGAGAGCCUGCAUGAGUGGUGGGAAGCAAGGUGCAUUUUUACUCUGCAUUUUAUUUAUGUGCAUGUUAUUUAUUAUUUUAAAUUUAUAUUGCAUUUAUUUAAAUAAUCUUGCUUGGCAGUGGUGGAGUCACUCAUUAAGCUGGUUUGAAUGCAAAUUUUUACCAAAAUAAAGUUUUAUAUAUA